CUCAUUGGCCCGCCGCCGCUGUCUUACUCUCCCGAGCCCAAGCGGCCCAAGGGGAGGGUUCUACGGUCGCCGCCGCAGGGUCCUGGAAGGGGUGUAGUGACGCCCUUUCCACUUUAGGGGGUCGCUGCCCAAAUGUUUAUCCCGUUUUGCGGAAAAAAGAGUCGAACCUUCAAUUACUGCUCGCCUGAAGGAAGAGUAGCAGCGGGGGUAGAAUUAAUUUUAACGUCGCGUUCGUAGGUGUUUUCUUGGAAGCCAGGUCAUCCGCCCCUCGUGAUCUCCCGCUUUGCAAAGACGAAACCACCACCACCUCCUCCUCCUCCUCCUUCGAGAAUGUCCAGCUCGGGCUACCCUCCGAACCAGGGCGCCUUCAGCACGGAGCAGAGCCGGUACCCAACGCACUCGGUCCAGUACACGUUUCCCGGGGGCCGACACCAGCAGGAAUUUGCAGUUCCCGAUUUCCGCACGUCCCAUUUGGAAGUCAGCCAGGCCACGCAGCUCCUCCAGCAGCAACAGCAGCAGCAGCAGCUCCGACGGCGCCCCUCUCUUCUCUCCGAAUUUCAUCCCGGCUCUGAUAGGCCUCAAGAGAGGAGAUCCGGCUAUGAAUCCCAGUUCCACCCGGGCCCCUCGCAAGGCGACCAUGACUCGCUGGACUCCAAGCGCCCACGCCUGGAUCAGGUGUCCGAGUCCCACUACCAACGAGUCAGCGCCGCUGCGGUUCUACCCCUGGCUCACCAGCUGCAGGAGGGGAUGCGCUCCUCGGAUCUGAAGAAGGACCCGGCGUUUGGAGGCAAGCAUGAAGGGCCCCCCUCGCCCCUGUCAGGCCAGCCCUGCGGAGAGGACCAGAACUCUUCUCCGUCCAAGCUGUCGAAGGAAGAGCUCAUCCAGAGCAUGGAUCGGGUGGACCGGGAGAUCGCCAAGGUCGAGCAGCAGAUCCUCAAGCUGAAGAAGAAGCAACAACAACUGGAAGAAGAAGCAGCAAAACCGCCCGAGCCCGAGAGGCCCGUCUCCCCUCCGCCGGUGGAACAAAAGCACCGCAGCAUCGUCCAGAUCAUUUACGACGAGAACCGGAAAAAAGCAGAAGAAGCUCACAAGAUCUUCGAAGGCCUGGGGCCCAAAGUUGAACUGCCGCUUUACAACCAGCCAUCAGAUACCAAGGUGUACCAUGAAAACAUCAAAACGAACCAAGUCAUGAGGAAGAAGCUGAUUUUGUUUUUCAAGAGAAGGAAUCAUGCGAGGAAGCAAAGGGAACAGAAAAUCUGCCAGCGUUACGAUCAGCUGAUGGAAGCGUGGGAGAAAAAGGUGGACCGGAUCGAGAACAACCCACGUCGGAAGGCCAAAGAGAGCAAGACGCGCGAAUAUUACGAGAAGCAGUUCCCAGAAAUCCGGAAACAGAGGGAGCAGCAGGAACGCUUCCAAAGGGUGGGGCAAAGAGGAGCCGGCCUGUCGGCCACCAUCGCUCGGAGCGAACACGAAAUCUCAGAAAUCAUCGACGGCCUUUCCGAGCAGGAGAAUAACGAAAAACAGAUGAGGCAGCUCUCGGUCAUUCCUCCCAUGAUGUUCGACGCUGAGCAGAGGAGAGUCAAGUUUAUCAACAUGAACGGGCUGAUGGAAGAUCCGAUGAAGGUUUACAAGGACAGGCAGUUCAUGAACGUCUGGACCGAUCACGAGAAGGAGAUCUUUAAAGAAAAGUUUGUCCAGCACCCAAAAAACUUCGGCCUCAUUGCUUCUUACUUAGAACGAAAGAAUGUGCCGGACUGUGUCUUGUAUUACUAUCUGACUAAGAAAAACGAAAAUUACAAGGCCCUCGUGCGCCGAAACUACGGCAAGAGGCGUGGGAGGAACCAGGUGCGUUGCGUUGAGUGUUGCGAGGCGCUGGGGUUCACCCGACUGAAAAAGCAACAGAUCACGCGCCCUUCCCAAGAAGAAAAAGCCGAAGAAAAGAUCGAGGAGGAGAAGGCGGAGAGGACUGAGAAGAAAGAGGAGGAGAAGAGAGAUGAAGAGGAGAAGGACGAAAAAGACGACUCAAAGGAGAACCUCAAAGAGAAGGACAAAGUGGAAGCCGCCCCCGAGGAGCCCGAGGAGAGGGAGCCGACGGCCGCACCCAGGGGCCGCAAGACCGCCAACAGCCAAGGUCGGCGGAAGGGCCGGAUCACCCGGUCCAUGACCAACGAGGCGGCGGCCGCCAACGCGGCGGCGGCGGCAACCGAAGACCCCCCUCCUCCGUUGCCUCCCCCGCCAGAACCCUCUUCGGCCGAGCCGGUGGAGACCUCGCGCUGGACGGAGGAAGAGAUGGAAGUGGCCAAAAAAGGGUUGGUGGAGCACGGGCGCAACUGGGCGGCCAUCGCCAAGAUGGUGGGCACGAAGAGCGAAGCGCAGUGUAAGAACUUCUACUUCAACUACAAGCGGCGGCACAACCUGGACAGCCUCCUCCAGCAGUACAAGCAGAAGUCUUCUCGAAAACCCCGGGAGGAGCGUGAAGUGUCCCAAUCCGAAAGCGUGGCUUCCACGGUCUCUGCGCAGGAAGAUGAGGACAUCGAGGCGUCCAACGAGGAGGAGAACCCGGAAGACAGCGAAGGUGUCGAAAAUAGCUCGGAUACCGAGAGUGCCCCCUCUCCGUCCUCAGCGGAGGCUGCCAAGGCCCCGGAAGACGGCCCUCCCGCCGACGGCGUGGCCCGGGUAACUGGCGAGGCCGUGGCGGAGGAGGAGGAGGAGGCGGAAGGAUCUGGCAUGAAACCCGGCCCGGGGGCAUCUCCGUCCGCCACCGCCGCGGGCGCUCAGGACGGAAAGCCGGACAAAAAAGAGGGACCCCACUUGGAGGUGAAGGAGGAGGCGGCCACCGAGGCGGAGGAACCGAUGGAGGUGGAGAGCGGGGCCUCGCUGUCCGACGCCAAGCCCGAGCCGGACCUUGCCGCGCACACCAAAACUGAGCCCACCGAGCCGGAGCCCCCGCUUCCCGAAGAGGUCCAAGUGAAGACGGAAAAGGACACCAAAGAGCCGGAAGAGGAGAUGCCCGAGGAGAAGCCGGCGCCUGAGCGGAUGGACUUCAGCCUGUCUCAGCCAGCGGCCGCCACGGAGAGGUCGGACCCCAACUCGGAUAACGAUUCCAGCGCUACCUGUAGUGCCGACGAGGAUGUGGAGGGGGAGCCGGAAAGGCAAAGGAUGUUCACGAUGGACUCCAAGCCUUCCCUCUUGAACCCAACGGGGCCGUUGAUGGUGUCGUCCGCCACCAAGCAAGGGCUGAUGGACCUGCAGCAGCUCCAGCACCGGGCGGCGGUCAUUCCCCCCAUGGUCUCCUCCUCCUCCUCCUCCCCGCAAGGCCUGCCCCCGGGGAUCGCCAUGAGCGGCUACACCCUCUUCCAGCAGCACAUCAAGGCCAUGCACAAGUCCGCCCUGCUGGAGCCCGGCCAGCGCCAGGAGCCGGCGGAGCUGGACGGCCGGCCCUCGGCCAGCCCUUGUGCCCCCUCCAAGAGCCCGAGCGUCGAGUGGGACGGGAAGUCAGUCGCCUACAUGCCUUACGCCGAAGUGAAGCGCGCCAUGGAGCAGGAGGCCCAGAUGCAGAACGCGGUGGCCAGGUCAUCAUCGCCGUACCGCCUGUCCCCGAGGGAGGUCAGCAAAGCUUCCCCCCAGCCGGACGUCAACGCCGCCCGCUACAGCGUCCCACCCGUUCUCCAACCCGCUCCUCACCAGGUGAUCACCAAUCUCCCCGAGGGGGUCCGCCCCCCGACCACGCGGCCGACCAGACCCCCGCCUCCGCUGAUCCCAUCCUCCAAAACGGUGGUGCCCUCGGAGAAGCCAUCCUUCAUCAUGGGAGGAUCCAUCUCCCAAGGAACGCCGGGCACCUAUCUCACGUCCCACGGCCAAGCCGCGUACGGCCAAGAGCCGGCCAAGCCUUCUGUUGGCUCUAUCUCGCUCGGACUGCCGAGGCAACAGGAGGCAAACAAAUCAGCUUCCAUGCCUUACAUCAAACAGGAGGAAUUCUCUCCCAGAAGCCAGAAUUCCCAGCCCGAAGGCCUGUUAGUCCGGGCCCAGCAUGAAGGAGUGGUGCGAGGAACGACGGCCACCAUCCAGGAAGGGAGCAUCACCCGGGGGACCCCCACCAGCAAGGUUUCCGUGGAAACGAUGCCCUCGCUCCGUGGUUCCAUCACCCAGGGAACGCCGGCUCUGUCUCAGUCCGGAAUCGCGGCGGACGUGUUGCUGAAGGGGACCAUCACGCGGCUGGCCACGGAGGAAAGCAGCCCGGAGAGAUGCCGGGAGGAGGCCGGGGCAUCCAAGGGCCACGUCAUCUACGAGGGCAAGAGCGGACACAUCAUCACCUACGACACCAUAGGCACGCGGAGCCCCAGGACGGCUCACGAAAUGAGCCUGAAGAGGCCGUACGACGCGAUGGAAGGGAACCUGAAACAGGGGAUGCCCCUGAGGGAGUCGCCCGUCUCUGCGCCCUUGGAAGGGUUAAUCUGCCGGGCCCUGCCUCGAGGAAGCCCCCAUGCCGACUUGAAAGAGAGGACGGUGCUCUCUGGGUCGAUAAUGCAAGGAACCCCUCGCGCCACGGCCGAGAGCUACGAGGAAGGGCUGAAGUACCCGAAGAUCAAGAGGGAGUCUCCUCCGACCCGGAGCUUCGAAGGCGCCAUCACCAAAGGCAAGCCCUACGACGGGGUGACCACCAUCAAGGAGAUGGGCCGCUCCGUCCAUGAGAUCCCCCGGCAGGAGCUGCUGAACCAAGAGAGCCACGCGGCCCCCGAGAUGGUCCAGAGCACCCGGCCCAUCAUCGAGGGCUCCAUAUCUCAGGGCACGCCCAUCAAGUACGAGAGCAGUUCCGGACCGUCGGCCAUCAAGCACAACGUCAAGUCGCUCAUCACCGGCCCGAGCAAGCUGCCCCGGGCGAUGCCGCCCCUGGAGAUGGUCUCGGAGAACAUCAAGGCGGCAGAGCGAGGGAAGUACGAGGAGGCCAAGGCCGGAGAGGUCCGCUCCCGCCACACCUCGGUGGUCAGCUCCGGGACCUCAGUCCUCCGGUCGACGCUCCACGAGGCACCCAAGUCCCAAGUGAGCCCCGGGAUCUACGAGGACGCCAACGCCAGGCGGACGCCCGUCAACUACCAAAGCAUGUCCCGGAGUUCCCCGAUGAUGAACCGAGUGUCGGAAGGCAGCGUGUCUUCUGGGAAGCCGGCCAGCCACGAACGGAAAUCCACCCUGACCCCGACGCAGCGGGAGAGCGUCCCUUCCAAGUCGCCCGUCCCGGGGGUGGACCCCGUGGUCGCCCACAGCCCCUUCGACCCACACCACCGGGGCGCGACCCCAGAGGUCUACAGGAGCCACCUCCCUUCCCACCUGGACCCGGCCAUGCAGUUCCACCGGGCCAUGGAUCCGGCCACGGCCUACAUGUUCCAGCGCCAGCUCUCGCCCACGCCCGGCUACCCGAGCCAGUACCAGCUCUACGCCAUGGAGAACACCCGCCAGACCAUCCUCAAUGACUACAUCACCUCCCAGCAGAUGCAGGUCAACCUGCGGCCGGACUUAGCCCGAGGACUCUCCCCCCGGGAGCAGACGCUCGCCCUGCCCUACGCGGGCGCCCGAGGAAUAAUCGACCUGAACAGCAUGGCCCCCACCAUCUUAGUGCCCCAUCCAGGCGGGCCGAGCACCCCUCCCAUGGAAAGGAUUACGUACAUCCCAGGGACUCAGCUUGCAUUCCCCACCAGGCCUUACAACCCUCCCUCCAUGUCCCCAGGGCACCCGUCUCACUUGGCGGCCUCUGCCGUCGUGAACGCUGAGAGAGAACGGGAAAGAGAACGAGAGAAAGAACGGGAGCGAGAGAGAGAGAGAGAGCGGGACCGAAUCGCCUCCGUCCCCAGUGAGCUCUACCUUCGUCCAGGGGCCGAGCAACCCGGCCGGCCGUCCAGCCACGGCUACAUCCGCUCACCUUCCCCCUCGGUGCGGGGUCAGGAGACCAUCCUUCAGCAGCGGCCCAGUAUUUUCCAGGGGUCGAACGGGACAAGCGUGAUCACCCCGCUGGAUCCUGCCGCCCAGUUGCGCAUCAUGCAGCUUCCCCCCGGCGCCCCUUCGAUGCCCCAGGGCUUGCCCGCUUCCCGCUACAACACAGCCGCCGACGCCCUGGCCGCUCUGGUGGACGCGGCGGCCUCCGCCCCUCAGAUGGAGGUGGCCAAGUCGAAAGACGGGAAGCACGACGGGAGCCGGACGGAGGAGGCCCCGGGCCGGAGGUCGGUGGUGAGCGAGCAGCAGCAGCAGCAACAACAACAACAACAGAUGGAGCAGAAGGCGCUGGAGGCCGAGAAGAGAGUCCCGCCGGGCCCGUACACGUCAUCGGCGCCCUCCUCCGCUUCCUUCUCCAGCGGCAAGUCCCAGAGCCACCCGUCCUCGGCAAUCUACUCCGAAGCUGGGAAGGACAGGGGCCCGCCAUCCAUCUCAAAGUACGAGGAGGAGCUGCGGACGCGCGGGAAGACCACUAUCACGGCCGCCAACUUCAUCGACGUGAUCAUCACCCGGCAGAUCGCUUCGGACAAGGACGCCCGCGAUCGCAGCUCCCAGAGCUCGGAUUCCUCCAGUAGUCUUUCCUCGUCCCACCGCUACGAACCCCCCCGAGAUGCCAUCGAGGUCAUCAGCCCCGCCAGCUCACCGGCCCCUCCCCAGGAAAAGAUGCCGUCGUACCCCCAGGAGGUCCCCAAAAUGAAUCAGGGGGAAAGAGAGUGUGGCCGCCCGUACGAGGGCCCAAUCCACCCGUACAGGCCUCAGCAGGAUUCCCCUUCGCCCCCGCAGCCCCCACAGCCGCCGCCACCUGCCCAGCAGGGCGAAGGGAUGGGGCCCGUGCCCCGCACCCACCGCCUCAUCACCCUCGCGGAUCACAUCUGUCAAAUCAUCACACAGGACUUCGCCCGCAGCCAGGCCUCCUCCACCCAGGCCCCGCUUCCGACGCCCACCAGCACAUUCCAGACCUCGGCGCCCACCACCAUCGCCACCACCGGCCGCCUGAAGGCCUCCAGCCGCUAUAGCCCGGAGAUGCAGCCGGCACCCCACCAGCGCCCGGGGUCCCGGGUCUCCCCGGAAAACCUGCCGGACAAAAACCGGGGGAGGCUCGGAAAGUCCCCCGAGAGGAGCCACGUUCCUUCCGAACCUUACGAGCCGAUCUCUCCACCCCAGGCCCCGGCCAGUCUCGAGAAGCAGGACAGUCUCUUGUUACUCUCCCAAAGAUCUGAGCCUUCAGAGCAGAGGACGGACUCCCGUUCCCCGGGGAGCAUGAGCUACUUACCGUCAUUUUUUACCAAGCUGGAAAGCACUUCGCCUAUGGUGAAGUCCAAAAAGCAAGAAAUAUUCCGGAAACUGAAUUCCUGUGGUGGAGGAGACUCCGAGAUGGCUGCAGCUCAGCCAGGGACGGAAAUAUUUAAUUUGCCUGCAGUCACGGCCUCAGGUCCAGUCAGCGCCCGAGGCCAUUCUUUCGCCGAUCCGGCCAGCAACCUCGGCCUGGAGGACAUCAUCCGCAAAGCUUUGAUGGGCAACUUCGACGACAAGGGGGAAGACCACCACCUCCUCAUGACGCAGCCCAUGGGGCUGGUGCCUGGGGGCCCCAACCCCACACUGCCAGCCAACAGCGAAACCCGGAGGGAAGACGCCAACCCUUCCCCCAAUCCAGGCGGGGGAGUCGGUAAGCAGAAACUGAUGGGGAAAUCCGGCAGCCGGAAAUCAAAGUCUCCGAUUCCCGGGCAAGGCUAUAUGGGGACAGAGCGGCCCUCGUCCGUGCAUUCGGAAGGCGACUACCACCGACAGACGCCGGUAUGGUCAUGGGAGGACCGGCCGUCCUCGACAGGAUCGACGCAGUUCCCUUACAACCCGCUGACCAUGCGCAUGUUGAGUAGCACCCCGCCAACCUCCGUCGCCUGCGCACCGCCCUCCGUCAGCCAAGCCGCCUCCCAUCAACCCAACCGGAUCUGGGAACGCGAGCCCGCCCCUCUCCUCUCGGCCCAGUACGAGACCCUGUCGGACAGCGACGACUGAGUGGAAGCAGCAGCGGAGGGGAAAAGGACCCUUUUUAAACGAAACAAACUACACCACCCCUAAACAUGGAGAAAAAAAUAUACUCAUUUUCAGGGUUUGCAAGCCUGUUGGAGUGGGUUGUGGGUUUCUUUUUUAAAAGGCACGUUCCUCCUCCUCCUCCUGCCCUCCCUGACAGAAAUAACACACACAGAGAGAGCGAAAAAGAGAGAGCAGAAGAUGGGGGGUCUCCAGAGGUGAAGACGACCUUUUACUGGAACCUGUCUUUAUUCUCAUUUUCCACACCGCUUGCUCAAAAAGACUCCUUUCAAAGUGAGCCGUCUGUGCAGAACCGUCACGCCUCUUGAAGAUAAAUAUGUAAUAAGCCAAGGGAAUUUAUUAUUAUUAUUAUUUUUUAAACAGAAGAGGCACCUGCUCUGGAGCGACAUCCUUAUUUGUAAAGAGAACCUUCACAUAAUGUCUCAAAAAAAUAAGAAAUCAUUAUGAUGUAAAUAGAGUAACUUCUUCUGCUGUGUUUUUCCCCUCCUUUCCCCAUCCCUCCGCUCUCCUGCUUAAGAAUACCUGGUGUACUUUAUUGUUGAAAAUCAUUGCAUAAACCUUUAUUUUUUUGGGGGGGGAAUCGUUUUACAAUUUCUUUUUUUUUUUAAAGUGUUUUCUCAGAUAUAGGAUGCUCGUGAUCUUUUGCCGCACAAGCUGGCCAGACCUUUCUCAGGCAGGGCGCACGUCCAGCAGGCGCAAGAGAUGGAUCUGGUCACAUGGCCCCUCACCUCAUCGGUCCAGCACCCCUUCUCCCGGGCGGCAUUCCUUCCUGCCGAUUUUUUUAAAAAUGCAUUUUUAUUUCCUUUCUGUGGUUGUUCAAGGCCUUGUGGAAAAAGAAAAGUGACUUUAUUUUCCCAGCUGACUCCUGAAUUAAUCUUGUAUAUUUAAAAAAAAAAAAUAAGUCUCCGGUUGGUCGGCUGGGGGAACGAGAUCUUGGGAGCGAGUUCUCUGCACCGGGGUGUAUAUUUUGUUAUUUUUUUUUCCUUCCCUUAGGGCUGGUUUUGGUUCAAGCAGUGCACUGUGAAAAUAAUAUUGCAUGGGUACAUAGUGGUGAAGUCUCUCUCUUUUUCUCUCUCUCUCGCACACACACAUACACACCUCACACUGAGCAUCGCUUAGUCCCGCGGCAUUGUCGGUUCUCCCACCUCGAAACCCUCCCGUCUCCCUCACCCCAGUGAACUCUUUGCUUUGACAGUGCUGUUUUGGAAACCAAAUUUUACUCUUCGACAGGCAGCCAUCAGUAAAUUGUUUCCCAGAA